CAUCGAACUGUCGCAAUAUUGGCAAGAAACGAAAUUCGAAGAACCUUCCAAAAAUAGUUUGAUUCCUAUUAAGGUACUAGGUGUCAUAUGGGACACCGUGAAAGAUGAACUGAAAUUGGAUUUAUCAUCCAUAAACUGUUCUCUCUCAAGUACUAUUUGCACGAAGCGUGCCAUUUUGCAACUAUCAUGCAUGAUUUUUGACCCUAUCGGGUUUAUAGCUGCAUUCACGAUUCGAGCAAAGGUAUUGUUGCAAGUUACUUGGCAAAGAGGACUUGGAUGGGAUGAUGAGUUACCUAAUGAUUUGAGAAGAAAAUGGAAGAAAUGGACAUUUGAAGUUCCGAAACUGAAAGACAUUAUUAUACCUCGUUGGUACUUUCCUAGGUCUAGUCGAGAGAACAUCGAUUUUCAGAUACAUGUUUUCUGCGAUGCUAGUGAAUUAGCUUUCGGUACUAUAGCUUACCUCAGAUACAUGAAUGAAUCAGGACAGUAUGAAGUUAGCUUUGUCCUUGCAAAAGCUCGAGUUGCACCUGUUAGGAAAAUUACGUUACCGAGACUAGAGCUUUUAUCCGCUGUCCUUGGUGCAAGAGUGCUAGACUCCUUGAGAAGUGUUUUCCACAUAACGAACAAUUAUUAUUUAUGGAGUGAUUCCAUGGUGACUUUACAUUGGAUCAAGGGGUGUGCUAGCAACUGGAAACCCUUUGUAGGGAACAGAGUAAUGGAAGUUCAAGCGAAAACUGAACCAGAAAAUUGGAGACAUUGCUGUGGUAUCGAUAAUCCUGCUGAUUUGCUGACAC